AUGGACUUUUAUGGUAAAAACAAACGUGACAAAUGUUGGGAAAAACAUCUGGGUGUGGUCAUACGGCUGUCUCGUCAAACUGUUACCCAGAAAAUGCAUCAUAAAUCUGGUUAUUUUUUGUCGUGCAUUACCUGCUUUCGAGCAAAACCCACAAUAGCGCACCAAAAGAUGGGUGAUCUGUACCCCCAGAACCACGUCUUGAGCCUGUACGUCCGUUUUUUAAAACAGGUGUGGAUUAUUGUGGACCCAUUUUUAUUAAAGAAAGCCGAGGCCGCGGCAGUACACCUAGAGUUGGUAAGUGACUUGACGUCCGAAGGUUUCUUGAACGCACUUAGGCGUUUUAUUUCUCGUAGAGGUCAAGUAAAAGAGUUGCAUUCGGACAAUGCUACAAAUUUUGUCGGUAGUAAAAAUCAGUUAAAAGAGUUAAGGGGCAUUUUAAAAAAUGAUAUCAGUAAGAGUACCAUUAUUAACCAUUUGGCAAAUCAAAACAUUAAAUGGUGUUUUAUUCCGUCGAGAACGCCAAAUUUCGGUGGCACUUGGGAGGCCAAUAUUAAAAUAGUACAAUCUCACAUGAAAAGGGUUAUUGGUGAACAAAUUUUGACCUUCGAAGAAAUGCACACGUUUCUGACAAGAAUAGAGGCUUGCCUCAAUUCCCGUCCACUAACCCCUCUUUCCUCUGAUCCCAACGACCUCGAAGCUCUAACUCCGGGCCAUUUUUUAAUUGGAGAAGCGUUGACGGCGCCGGUAGAGAUCAACCUAGAGGACGUCAGACUCAAUCGCUUGAGUCGUUGGCAAAUGGUGGAGAAGAUGAGGCAGCACUUCUGGAAACGAUGGUCCCGAGAAUACGUUGUCCAACUACAACAGCGCAACAAAUGGAAGAUUGAGACAGCGGCGGAGGUGCACCACGGCAACGAUGGUCUUGUGCGUGUAGUUACGGUCAAAACGAACAAGGGACUGUAUAAACGCGGCAUUAGCAAAAUUUGCGUAGUGCCCAUGGACGAUGACAAAAACAAAAAAAAUAAGUCUGCGGACUUAACAAGUAAAAGUGCGGUCCUGAAAAAUAAGUUUGCGGACUAUUUUAAGAAAAAAAUGCAAGGCAGUCAUACAUGUUCUGUACACGAAUGUGCUGCGAGAUUGAAACCCAUCUUUAGGUUUCCACACCCAAAUCGGGGCCUUGAUCGGUUUCUCGCGUGGGUUAAAGCCGCGAAUAACCCAAAAUUCGUGGUUUUGACCCACGACCAAAUUCACCGAAGGGGGUACAUUUGUUUCCAGCAUUUUCAACCCGAGGAUUAUGUACCAGGAACACAAAGGCUGCGUCGAUCUGCAGUACCAACCAUUUUGCCUCCUCGAGAUGAUAACGAACUGCGUUCAUCACUCGAAGCAGAUCAGAUCGACGUGUCCAAUGUAGGGCCACAAACCAUUGAUCUCACUUUCCUCACUCCAGAAAAAGAAUGCCCGUACUUUCAUGCAAUAGCAAAUUUAACUCCACGUACGAGACGAACUCCAAGUUCUCAAAGUUUAGCUACUAAACUGGAGACUCUCGGGGGUAGAAGUGCAUGGAGUACUGGCGUUCCAGUGCGACAACUGAAUUUUGGAGCAGAAGAGGAUGGGAUCAAUGAGCUCCCUGGUGCUGGGCCUUCGGGGUUACAAAAUAUUCCAAAAAUAGAUUUUGCUGGAAACUUUGUACCUGCCAGGCAGUCGGUGGAUACUUCCAAGUCCAUGACCAAGACUCCACGAAAAAUAUUAGAUCGGCUGGGGAUCAAAGGGACCACCGUCAAUUUUAGCAGCAAUGAAACCCUGCUGUACGUGGAGGCGAAACGCCUGCAAAGGCAAGUGGGGAGACUGCAGAGGCAGGCACAAAAGCGCAAAAGCGCACUUCAUUCUGUUAAACAACUUCUGCGAGAUCGACAACUGGUUCAUCUCGUGGAAGGGUUGUCUCCCCUACAGCAGAGAUUUUUUAACAGCCAGAUUAGAAAUGUAAAUCGUAAACCGAAAGGCAGAAGUUUUACGUUUGAGGAGAAGGUAGAUGCCAUUGCCAUUUGGAAACAUGGCCCAAAAACGUAUAAACUUCUGUCAAGAAUGUUUACGCUGCCGUCUAUUGACACUCUGAGGGCAACCCUAAAUAAAGUUCCAAUAGAACCGGGUAUCAACAAACCCAUUUUCGAAGUUCUCAGAAAGCAAGUAUGUCGCAGAAUGGACAGUAAGUACAAUUUAUGUACUCUCAUCUUUGAUGAAAUGUCCAUUCAGCCUCACCUCGACUACUUGCCUUGUGAGGACAGAGUUGUGGGUUUUGAAGAUGACGGUACAACAAGGUCGGAAAAAAUUGCAGACCAUGUUUGCGUAUUUAUGCUAAGAGGAAUUUUCAAAAGGUGGAAGCAGCCUGUUGCUUUUGCUUUUUGCAAAAACUCUAUGUCUGCUGCAAACAUUGUCCGUUUUUAUAAAGAGAUUGUGAAAGAAGCAACAGCGGUCGGCUUAAACAUCAUUGCUUCAGUUUGUGAUCAAGGUACUACAAACAGUGCCGCAAUCAAUAUGCUUUUACAAGAAACCAAACGACGUGCUAUUUUGGGAAAUGAAGAGGAAGUUGAAGAGAAUGUGAUAAGAAUUGGUGAUCACGAAGUUAUCCCUCUCUUUGAUCCUCCUCAUCUUCUAAAAAGUAUGCGAAACAAUCUUCUCACCAAAGAUCUGCUUUAUGUAGAAAAAUCAGGUGUAGAGAGAAGAGCUUCUUGGAGUUUUUUUGAAAAGGCAUAUGAUUUGGAUCAUACGGAGGGUGACACCCUGAGAGUGAUGACAAAGAUCACCAUAGACCAUGUGAAGCCUAACUUAAGAGGCAAAAAAAUGAAAGUUCGUUAUGCUUCACAGGUCUUUAGCUCAACUGUUGCUAAGUUCAUAUAUCUCUGUUCCACCGGGGCAUUAGGGGGAAGCAUACCACCUGAUGCUCGAUACACUUGCAAUUUGUUUUUGUUCAUGGAUUCUGUCUUUGACAGCGUUAAUGGAGGAUUUGGAGACUGUGGUGGUAAGAAAUUACGUCAAAUGGUAGGAGAUGACACUCUUCAUCAUAGUUUUUGGCUGGAAGGGAAACGCAUGUUCAGCAAUAUGAGAUUUGAACCACGUAAAUCUGGAGAUCGAGCAAAACCUCCAGUUUUGCAAGGGUGGUAUCGUACUUUAAAUGGUUUUAUGCUUAUCAAGGAAACUCUAAAGAAACUUGGUUAUAACUCUUUCCCAGCAAGAGCUUUUAAUCAAGAUCCUUUAGAAAAUUUUUUUGGUCAAUUAAGACAAUAUGGAGUACGAUAUACAAAUCCGUCUUGCAAAGCAUUCGUACCAUUUUAUAAAUCACUAAUGAUGAAGAAUUUUUGCUCCUAUCAUUCUCGUGGAUCUAAUUGUGAGCAAGAUGACGAGUCAUUUGUGGUCUCAAUUAGAGAGUUUCUUAGUCUUGAUAUAAAUCGUAAGUGUAUCGAAGAUCAGUGGAAGCCGCCACCAGUUCCUGAUACUGUGUCUGAGGAUAAUUUUUAUGACCAAAAUGUUAUAGGUUAUAUUGGCGGAUUUCUAGUUAAACACAUGCCAAAACCACUUGACUGUGAAAUCUGUCGAUUUAACUUGAUACAUGAUGGCGUCCCAAACAUUCAAUAUCAUGGUCUGGUGGUGCAGAAGGAGUAUGAUGGUGAAAAAAGACGGUUGCAAUACGCGAAUGUCGAGAUGAUUAAAACUCUAAUUAAGAUUUAUAAUCAUCUCGUCAUUUUGGUUCCGUCUGCAAUUUAUCAUCCUUCUCUUUCUCAAAGGUUAAUAAGCCACCUGCGAAUUACAGUUGAUUUUGAUUUUCGGGAGUGCUUACAUACCGAAGAACUGAAAGCUCAACUUUUUCAUCUAUUUAUAAGAGUGUAUAUCUUUAGAUACAUGAAAAAACUCAGCAAUUUCGUAUUUGGUAAGGAAGAGCCUAACAAAUCAACUUCACUGGAAAGACAAAUGCUAUACAUCAGCUUAGUUUUGUUCAUAUCGGAAGAAAGUAGUGUGCUGGGUUUAAUUGUGAUAUUUCUGACGAUUGUAAUUCAAUAUUAUCUAUUUUCGCGUUACAUGCCCCUAGUCGUGAUGUACGUAAUCCACGGUUUUUGGAAAUCCCAUUUCGUAGAAUCUUAUACGGUAAAAAUUCUGGUAGUACUAGAUUAUCAAGACUUGCAACUCUACAUGUAA